GUUUACAAACAUUUUUGUACUUUUUUUUUUAAAAAAAAUAUAGUGAAACGAAGAAUAGCCAUGUUCCACUCCACGACGUCCGCUCACAUCGAUCAAGGAAAAUUUUGAGGUAAGAAGAUAGUUAGUAAUUUCAUAACUCUUGGUUUAUCUUAGAAUGGAAGCUUUGAACAACCAACCUCAUGUGUCCGGAGAUUCCGAGGCAUCAAACAUUGGAAACUUUGUUGGUGGAAACCCAGGAAAUAAUAAUAACAAUCUCAACGCUAACAAUGAGAAUAUCGUUGGAAAUAACGUAAUCAAUCAAGUGGCGGGAUUUCUCCACCAACUUGCUACACAAGUCCGUCCAGAAGGCUGGAAUUUAGAUCGUCUCAAGAAGAAUGGUGCUUGGGUAUACAAGGGAGGAGAAUCGGGACCUCCAGAAGUCGUAGAGCACUGGAUCGAACAGACAAAACGUGUUUUUGAAGAUAACCUCAUUAUAGAAGGAGAAUGGGCCCGACUGACGAUAUCUCUACUGCAAAAUGAAGCAUAUGAUUGGUGGAAAGUCGAAAAGACCAAAGAAGGACUGCCCGAACCCCUAACUUGGGUAGCAUUUGAGAAAGCUUUCUCUGAUCAUUUCAUACCUCCUUACUAUCGUGACGCAAAAAGAAAAGAAUUUCAAAAUCUGAAACGUAAAGGGAUGUCCGUGGAAGCUUACAAAACAAAAUUUGUUAAGCUAUCUAAUUAUGCUAAGGAUUUAAUCACUGAUGAGGAGAAACGAUGUGAGUUCUUCAUCGACGGACUAGAUGAGGAAUUCCAAAGGAGUCUCAACGGGACCGUACAUCGGAACUUCAAUGAGCUCAUCAAAGCAACCAUGCGUAUUGAUGCGAUCGGAAAGAAAACCUUUGAUCAAGGGGAAGCAUCAUCAAAGAAGAACAACUCCAACACAAAGAAUGUUGGUUGGGGAAAAUAUGGUCAAGCCCCCAAACAACAACAAUACUACAACAAUAAGCAAAAGAAGACGGAAACUCUGGUUGAAAGGCCUAAAUGCCCUACCUGUAAUCGUCGCCACAAUGGGGAAUGUUGGUUUCUAACUGGAGCAUGUAUGCGUUGUGGGCAGAAAGGUCACAUCUCAAAGAACUGUCCUAAACAUACUGACAAGACGGAAGCACCGAUUCAAAAUAAUAACAACAAUCGCCCACCUCCAAGACAAGCUCCACCAGUGCAAGGAAACAAUGGCAACAACAACAAUCGAGUUCCGGCAAGAACAUAUGCAAUGCAAGGGAGGGAAGAUCAACAGAACCGUAAUGUUAUUAUCGUCCAAGAAGGAGGAAAAACCAGCUCUAACUUCAUUGUGGAGCCAAGAAAGGAGAAGGAGAAACAAGAAGAAGUAUCAAGGUUUCCAAAUCUUAAGCUCAAAAACGCAGCAGCCACUUUAAGGAAUAUCCGGAAGGUAUCGUAGAGAAGGUUCGGCAUUGGAAUGUUGAAAUUAGUGAGUUAAUCGUCGGAAUCGUGUUCAUCGACAUAUUCAAAAUUCUGGACAGCAACUUUCCCUUGACUUCAGGUCCGAUUUACGCUAUCUUACAUAUGUUAACUCGAAAUACUUUCUAUACGAAAGUUAUAGCCUUACAUCUUAGGAAUCCACAGAAUCAAGCGGUUUGCAAUUCCGUAAAGAAACGAUGGAGAUAUGCCCAAAAUACCGCAGGCUGUCCAGUUGUGACGGAAAUGACAAAGUUGGCGAAUUUCGAUGUUGUUUCCACUCCCGCUCAUCCGUAAGGUUUCGGCCUAUGAUUUCCAGGUCUGUACCCUUGCGUUAGACUUGUCGAAUCAUUCAUUACAUACGUACAUGAACAUAUAUAUUAAUCCAUAUGUUGAAACCAUCCCAAAAUAUAUAUGUGAUGCAUAUAUAAGUCAUCUAUAUGUUGAGAUCAAAAUACACCAAUCCAUAAAGUUAAUAUACACAUAAGUAAAUAUAAACUUUGGAAAUCAACCCAACAAUAUGUAUAGAUUAAUAAAAGGUGUUUAAAAGACUUAAAGAAGUAUUUUGGACACUCAAAAUAUCAAGAGAAAGAUUCGCAGACCCAAACGGUUGACACAAAUGGUCGACCGUCAUAUUAAACUUUGAAACGGACCACUACUGUCAGCAAAACGGUCGACCGCCGUCGGUGAACGGUCGACCGUCGCCAGCCCAGCAGACUGUCGCCAGCCCAGCAGAACGCCGUCGUUCCAACAAGUCAACAACGGUCGACCGCCGGUCAACCACGGUCGACCGUCACGGUGAUCCAUAAAUCCGACGAGUUGAAAUAUAGCACGGUCGACCGCCGUGCUAAACGGUCCACCGUUCCGAGCCCCAUAGCUUAAUUAAAUGAUAUUUUUAUCAGAUUUCACCCAAAUAAAAUAAAGUAUAUUUAUCCAUUCAUAUUGUUUACAAAUUGUUAAUAUCAUAUGACUCAUAUCAUCACACAUAUUGUAGCAUAUCAUAUCAUAUGCAUGCGUAAGAGAUCAUGCGUAAUUGCGUCUCUUAUAGCGUGAUGUGCGGGACUUAGCAGUCCGACAUCACCUGUUCCGGGCUUAGUGUACGUACAUGGUAUUCAGGUUUCGAGUACCACCCUUAUUUUUCUAGUCUCUCCUCAUUCGUGAGACUAAGGCCGCGUGAGUUCGUCGUACCAAAUGGGUGAAUCUCAUAGCGCAAGGGUGUCCUUGCAAGUUAUAGGAUCAUGCAUCAUGUUACCAUUAUCAAGUACAAUUACAUUGAUUACAUAGGUGUCAUAUAAUCAUCAUCAAGAAAAAGUAUAUUGAUUACAUUGGUAUCAUGUAAUCAUCCUCACAAGCAAAUUGAUUAAAUGUGCCAUCAUGUAAUUAUCAUUAAAUAUUUAUCAUCAUGAUUCAUCAAAUUGACCAUAUGAUAAUAUGUGUCAUAUCAUGAAUGUUACUAUACAUUUUGUGGACGUAGAUAUAUGUAUAUGUAUAUGUCUGUGAAUCAUUCUACAAUUCUAGCGUGGUACCACUCAGCGGUUUCGCUGAGCGUGUAGUUUGUAUUUUUCGUUGACUACACGUAGGUAACAAGAAGACAAUGAUGGAACCAUUCCCGGAGAGCAUUGAGUCAGAGGAGAUGCAAGGAUGGCAGACAAAUGUUUGAUCAUCAGAUUUUAAAAUGUGUCAUGAUUUGAUUAUUAUUGUACUUUCGCAUUACUCUGAAAAUAUUUUUAAAUGGGUCGCGAUCUAGAGUGUGUAAAUUUAAUAUUUAUAAGUAAUUGUCAUUUUCGAAUGUCAAGCGAAAUUUUUAUUUAACUCUCGUUUCAUCUUAAUUCGUGUAAUUCCGGGUUAUACGAAUUGG